AUGACGGAUAAUGGCCGACCCCGGCAUCGGGGAGACUUCGAGAUUGCUGUGGUCUGCGCGCUACCCCUCGAGUACGAUGCUGCCACACUGGCCUUUGACGAGUUCUGGGACGAAGAUGGCGAUCAAUUUGGGAGAGCGCCAAAUGAUCCUAACAGUUAUACAACCGGGCGUAUGGGUCGACAUCAUGUUGUUCUCGCAUUACUCCCAAACAUGGGCAAAGCAAGUUCGUCAGGCGCAGCAGCAGCUCUUCGAUCGAGCUAUACUGGCCUGAAGCUCGCAAUCCUCGCCGGUAUCUGCGGUGGCGUGCCUAGAUCAGGUGACGAGGUCGAUGGGAUGAUACUUGGAGAUGUCGUCAUCAGCAAGAGCGUCAUUCAGUUUGACCUGGGCCGCCAAUACCCCGAUAAAUUCACUCGCAAGGAUACCAUUCACGACAUUUUGGGCCGAUCGAACCUCGACAUUCGCUCUUUGCUCGCUAUAUAUGAGUCUGAUUUUGGACGUGGUCGACUCGAGCGUGGAUGCGCAAAUGUUCUGGAGAAGGCCCAACGAAAGGCGAUCAAAGAACGUCGUCGAACCCGCUACGGACGUCCACCACCAUCUGAAGACACUCUGUUCAGGUCGGCGUAUCUUCAUCUUCAUCAGAAUUGGGAGCAGACUGGGUGUGGGUGUAGCAAUAGCGGCGGAUGUGCCGCGGCUGCUCGUACGUCUUGCCGGGAGCUCGGGUGCGAUCAGGCACAUCUUGUGCCUAGGGAUCGUCUUGCCGAUAGUGAGAGCCAGUCUCCGCAGAUCUUCAUCGGGAAUGUGGCAUCUGGUGAUACGGUCAUGAAAUCUGGCGCCCAUCGCGAUAAAGUGGCUCAGGAGCAUGACAUCAUCGCUUUCGAGAUGGAAGGUGCUGGUAUGUGGGAUCAGAUACCAUGCAUUAUUGUGAAAGGGGUUUGCGACUACGCGGAUAGCCAUAAGAACAAGAAAUGGCAACCGUAUGCUGCAAUUGCUGCAGCUUCUGUGACAAAGGCUUUGUUGGAGCGUUAUGUCCAGGAAGAUAAGCCGCGGGCUUUGCAAUCUUCAUCUUCGAGUGGGCAAGCCGCCCGACAGUUCAACAACACUGGCAACGGAACCCAAAACAAUAAUUCCGGAGACGGGAAGCAAUAUGUUGCGGAGACAAUGACGUUUCACUGA